UGUCCGUUUUCAAGUUGCGCCUUCUCGCAGUAUAGUUGAAUGUGCCAAACAAACUAUAGAUUACACACACAUACAUUACCAGGCGGAAUAUAGAAACGGCAAUAAUAACCGAAAUGGGAUAAAUCUUCCGGAUAUACGACAGGAUUGUAUAAACAUAUGGACCAAAGCUAAGAAGAGGUGCAUUCGCGGAUCGUUUGUAAGAGUGUCCAUUUUCUAAGAUUCUAGCUAGAACGAAGAUGCUUGAGGCAGGGAGCUAAAGGCCUCACCAGAGCGGAGUGCGUGCUAGAGCCAGGGGCUGGGGCCUGACCAGAGGCCCCUGAGAGGGUUGCAGGUCCAUGGGGACCAUGGGGGAUCCUGGAGGCUUCACCACCACAGGGGAGCGGGUGAACCCUGCCCACGUAAUGUUUGACCGCUUCACCCAGGCCUCCACCUGUAAAGGCACGCUCAAGGCCUUCCAGGAGCUCUGUGACCAUCUGGAUCUCAAGCCCUGCGAGUACCGGAUCUUCUACCACAAGCUCAAGUCCAGGCUCAACUACUGGAAGGCCAAGGCACUCUGGGUUAAGCUAGACAAGCGGGCAGGCCAGAAGGAGUACAAGAAGGGACGAGCAUGUGUCAACUCUAAGUGUCUGAUCAUUGGGGCGGGACCAUGUGGCCUGCGGACGGCCAUCGAGCUGGGCUUCCUGGGGGCCAAGGUGGUGCUGCUGGAGAAGAGAGAUGCUUUCUCCAGGAACAACGUGCUCCACCUGUGGCCCUUCUCCAUCCAGGACCUCAGGGGCCUCGGGGCAAAGAAAUUCCACGGAAAGUUCUGCGCUGGAGCCAUCGACCAUAUCAGUAUCCGCCAGCUCCAACUGAUGCUGCUAAAGGUGGCCCUGCUCCUGGGCAUCGAGAUCCACGUCAAUGUGGAGUUCAAGGGUCUCAUCGAGCCCCCCGAGGACCAGGAGAACGAGAGGAUAGGGUGGAGGGCUGAGGUCCACCCCAGGACACACCCAGUCAACGAGUUGGAGUUUGACGUCAUCAUUGGGGCAGACGGAAGAAGAAACACGCUGGCAGGGUUCAGGAGGAAGGAGUUCCGAGGCAAGUUGGCCAUCGCCAUCACGGCCAACUUUAUCAACAGGAACACCACGGCCGAGGCCAAGGUGGAGGAGAUCAGUGGAGUGGCCUUCAUCUUCAACCAGAAGUUCUUCCAGGACCUCCGGGAAGCCACGGGAAUUGACCUAGAAAACAUUGUCUACUACAAGGAUGACACGCACUACUUUGUCAUGACUGCCAAGAAACAGAGCCUGCUGGAGAAGGGAGUCAUUCUGCAUGAUUAUGCAGACACAGAGAUGCUCCUGUCUAGGGCUAACGUGGACCAGGAGGCUCUUCUCUCUUAUGCCCGCGAGGCCGCAGACUUCUCCACCAACCACCAGCUGCCCACUCUGGACUUUGCCAUCAACCACUACGGACAGCCCGACGUGGCCAUGUUCGACUUCACCUGCAUGUACGCCUCAGAAAAUGCGGCGCUCGUGCGCCAACGCAAUGGACGCCAGCUACUGGUGUCUCUGGUGGGGGACAGUCUACUGGAGCCCUUCUGGCCCAUGGGCACUGGUAUAGCCCGGGGUUUCCUGGCAGCCAUGGACUCGGGCUGGAUGGUGAAGAGCUGGGCCCAGGGAAACACCCCUCUGGACGUGCUGGCUGAGAGGGAGAGCAUAUAUCGCCUGCUGCCUCAGACAACGCCAGAGAACAUCAGUAAAAAUUUCAGCCACUACAGUGUGGAUCCCACCACGCGCUACCCUAACAUCAGCCUCCACUUCCUCAGGCCCAACCAGGUACAACACCUCAUUGACACAGGGGAUUCAAGCCGUGAAAUGCGUAUCGAAAUGGAGAAUGUAGUGACCUCGUCAACACCCAAGCUCACCCGAAAUGAGUCCAUCGCUCGCUCCAGCAAGCUGCUGAACUGGUGUCAGAGACAGACAGAGGGCUACAGGAAAGUCAGUGUGACCGACCUCACCAUGUCCUGGAAGAGUGGCAUGGCCCUGUGUUCCCUCAUCCACCGCUACAGACCUGACCUCAUUGACUUUGACUCCCUGGACGAACGGGACCAACAGAAAAACAACCAGUUGGGCUUCGACGUGGCCGAGCGGGAGUUUGGAAUCUCCCCCUGCAUGACGGGCAAGGAGAUGUCCCAGGUGUCAGAGCCUGACAAGCUCUCCAUGGUCAUGUACCUCAGCCAGUUCUACGAGAUGUUCAAGGACACAGUUCCCCCUGGGGCCGGCGAUAACCAGAACAUGAGCCCUGAGGAGAAGGCUGCGUUGAUCAACAGCACUAAGUCUCCCAUCUCCUUCCUUAGCAAGCUGGGCCAGAGCAUCGCCAUAUCCCGCAAACGCAACCCCAAGGACAAGAAGGAGAAGGAUGUGGAUGGUUUGGGGAAGAGGAGGAAGACUAGCCAGGCUGGCCAUUCUGAAGAAGAGGAGGUUUUGAGGGGUAACCAUGAUGACAGGCCGUCCAACAGUACUGCUCUAACGGAGAGGAAGAUGAAGGAAGAGACAGCAGCUGUAGGGAACCAUAACAAAGUCAAGUCCAUGGCCACCCAGCUACUCGCCAAGUUUGAGGAGAAUGCUCCUGCAGAGUCCAAGGGCCUCAAACGACAGGGGGAUUCUCUGCCCAAUCUGGAUCUUCUUGUGGCACAGCCCCCUCCCCCGUCUCCUGCCCCCCUGGACCCCCCCAGGGAGUCUGUCUGCCUAGCUCUGGUCCCUACAUGGAGACAGGGUUCCCUGAGGAAGGAGUUUCCCCAGAACAUCGGGGGCAGUGACGUGUGCUUCUUCUGCCGGAAGCGUGUGUACGUGAUGGAGCGGCUGAGUGCCGAGGGCAAGUUCUUCCACCGUAGCUGCUUCAAGUGUGACUACUGCGGAACGACGCUUAGAUUGUCAUCCUACGCCUUCGAUGUGGAGGAUGGGAAGUUUUACUGCAAGCCGCACUACUGUUACCGCUUGUCUGGUCAGGCUCAGAGGAAGAGGCCAGCACCGACCUCUGCUCUGCUCAAUACAAAGGACAACCAGGCGUCCUUGCCCGUCAUGGUCACCGUGGACUCCCCCGGGAGGGGGGAGAUGGCAUCCCUGUCUCCCGCUGAGCGCCAGACCUCAGUCCCAGAGGUCAACGGGCUGCAGGAGCCCAGCCUGCCUAAGCGUCUGCGGGGCACGCCGGAGCGCAUCGAGCUGGAGAACUACCGUCUCUCUCUACAGCGGGAGGAAGAUCUGGAGGAGGUGCCCGAGGAGACGCUGGCUGAACACAACCUGAGCAGCGUGCUGGACAAGGACAAACACGCAGAGCUGGGCUCCAGCAGCUCUGAGUCUGACAUGGAGGAGGAGGACCAGGAGGAUGAGGACCAUGAGGAGGAGGAGCAGCAGGAGCCCCCCAGCCCCUCAGACCUGGGAGGGGUACCCUGGAAAGAGGCUGUGGAGAUCCAUGCUAAGCUGAAGACCGACAGCGACCCAGGGGCCGAGGGAGAGGACGGGGCUCAAAUUGUUAGAGACCUAAAGGUGGAGGAGGAGGAAGAUGAUGAAGAGGAGGACGAUGAGGAGGAAUCGAGUGAUGAGGGGGAGUACUGCCCGUGGGAGAGGGAGCUCCAGUCAGGCGUAUGGCUGGAGAACCUCAAAGAUGAAGAGGAUACAGACAGAUACUUGCAGAUCCAGCAAGUGCUGCAGCCUGUGGAUCCUACAGUCAUUAAGAAUAUCAGAGGAGUCUCCGUGCUGUCGGAGGGGCCUCCUGCCUCAGUCUCCCAGCCUUCCUCCACAGCCCCCGCCAACACAUCCACCCGUCAUGAGGCUGUGCGAGUCUGGUUGGAGUCGGUGUCUGGAGUAAUGGAUCAGUGCAUGUCUGUCUCUAACCACCAAUCAUGUCAUGAGACCUGUGAGGAUGAGGACCCGGAAGUAGAAGUUGGCAGCCAUGAUUUUGAGCCGGGCACCGAGAUGGAUCAGGAAGACAUUCCCUCCGACGCAGAGGCUGAGGCUCUUCUACACCAGUCAGAGAUCAGUGAAGCGUUUCCUGAAGAGGACAAGAAGUCGGAAAGUCAGGGGCUCGCAUUCAGCAUUGAACAAUCUAGUGUCAGUCCAGUGAAGUUAGUUGGGGAAGUUGUGCUCUUGCCAGUCAAACCACCAACUCCACAGCCUGAUUCACAGAUGUCUCACCCCUCUCCCUGCCUGGUCAAAUCCCCUGGCAUGCACUUUUUCCCAGAACCUUUUCCACUGGAGGACUUCACAACACCACAGAGGACAUCUCAGACUCCCAAUGCCAAGAGCCCUCCAUACCCUGCCCCCACUAUGUCCCCCAUCCGCUCCCCUGUUUGUUCCCCCGUCCAUUCCCCUAUCUGCUCCCAGCCUGUCCCACUGCUCGAAACCGUUACCACCAAAUCCCCUGUUAACUCUCCGUCAUGCUCCUGUCCCCCGACAGGGAACCCGCUGUCUCCCAUCUGUGCCCAGCCACUGCCUUGCCAAGAGCCUUCCUCAUCCCUCACCUCCGACUCCCCCGUCAGAACUCAGCCUGUCCCUGCAGUCACCUCCACGCCGCUGGUCAAACCAGCCUCAUCUGACAGGGCUAUCCCCGAGCCACAAAAAUCCCUAGACUCAUCAGACCUGGAAACCCCUGUCAAGAAGACGGACAUCAUCGAGGAGUUCUGGCUGAAGAGUGCAGAGAUCAGAAAGAGUCUGGGUCUCACCCCAAUGGAACGUAGCAGCAGCAAAUCCCCAGAGAAGAGUCCUGUUACUGUGGGUAGGGUUCCCACCCCGGACUCCUCUUCGCCUAAGUCCUACACCCCAGAGGACUUGUCGGAGCAGCUUUCCCCCUUCACCGGCCGCUCGGUAAUCCGCAGGCUGAACAUUACAGUGGAGGGCCAGGUCAUCUCCCCUGUGGAGCCCAAGAGCAAAGCCACGGAUCAAAGGGACCUAAGCAGCAGCUCUGGCCUGGGCCUCAAUGGUAGCACGACCACCAGCCAGACCAGCCAGGCAGCCAGCGACAGUUACAACACCUCCGACUCCACCAUGCUCACCCCGCCCUCCAGCCCCCCGCCGCCCCCACCCAACGAGGAGCCAGCCACCCUAAGGCAGCAGGAGAAGCAUCAUGUCUCCUGGAACAAUGGGAUCGAUGGCCCCACUACACCUGAGCCAGCCAAGGCAGCACCCACCAAGAUCAAGAGCCCUGUGCCUGUACCGAGGACCCAACUCAGCCCUGUGUCUGUGCCCAAGCCUGCCCCCAGGGCUACACUGGUCACGUCACCAAUCACAGCUCCGGUCAAUGCUCCUGUGGUGACCAUGAGACGGGAGAAGAGCAUCAAACCACGUCGGGAGGAGGUGAGGAAGUCAUUUGUGGAAUGCGUGGCAGAGAUCCCGUUUGCAGACGAUGUGGAGGACACGUAUGACGAGCGGACGCCAGACACAACCAUGGACAGGUUCUACACCCCACCCACAAGCAGGCCCAACAGGGAGAGGGAGAAACCUCCUCUUCACUUGGCCCUGGCUAUGGAGAAUGGAACAGCCAAUUUCCCCGGGAACCAGCAGGCCUCAAAAAACCAUAAGGCCCAGCAGUUCUCCCCUGAGGCCAAGGAAAUAGCUGAAGAGCGGAUGAGAGCCAGAGAGAAGUCAAUCAAGAGCCAAGCUCUAAAAGAUGCUAUGGCCAAGCAGCUCAGCAAGAUGAAAGAGACGGACAUGGCCAAGGGCUCUGCCACCACUGCUAAAGUGGUGUGGAACGUGGCCUCAUCAGAGACAUCCGGAAAAAGUACUAAGAAGCUGUCCGGCUCGCCAAAGACAUCUGCGGUGAUUGCUCUGGAGUCAAAGAAGGCGGAGACAUUGCCAGAGCUUUUCUUCAGCAUUCAGGUUAACAAGAGUCUGGACGGCUCGACUGUCUCCUCUGACGGCUCCGCCUCGGGAGGCAAGAGCAAGAAGCGCAGCUCCCUUUUCUCGCCACGCAAGAACAAGAAGGAGAAGAAAGCCAAGAACGAGAGCCGGCUCUCCUACAAGCACGGUGCAGACGAGACGCCGUCGCCUCCCAAACACAAGUCCCUGUGGAAGGCAGUGUUCUCGGGGUACAAGAAAGACAAGAAGAAGAAUAAGGAUGACAAGUCGUGUCCCAGCACGCCGUCCAGCUCUACCACCAAUGACUCAGGGAAGAAGAGAUCAUCUCCUCUCGGGAGGUCAUCAGAUUUGAAGUCGCGCCGAAACCGGAGCUUCUCUGAGGACUCAGAUCUGUCAUGUGAUGAUGUGCUGGAGAGGUCGUCCCUGAAGUCUAAGGCAGAUUCUGUUUAUGUCCCUCACGCAUUGGCGUUCAAGAGAGCGUACGCCACGAAGAAAACCUACACAGAGGAGGAGCUCAAUGCCAAGCUGACACGGAGGGUACAGAAAGCUGCCCGGCGACAGGCCAAGCAGGAGGAGUUGAAGAGGCUGCACAGAGCCCAGAUCAUCCAGAGACAGCUGGAGCAGGUGGAGGAGAAGCAAAGACAGCUGGAGGAGAGGGGCGUGGCCGUGGAGAAAGCCCUGCGAGGGGAAGCAGACUAUUGGGGAGAGUCUAAUUACAGUGAAAUCAUGGACUUGCAUCUGGGCGUUGAGCCCUUUGUCGGGACCCCUCGCCGAAGACCUAUCUCCUUCUGUCCCUGCUGUUCCUCUGAAGGGAUGGGCAAAAAGGACGACCCCAAGCUCAUGCAGGAGUGGUUCAAACUGGUCCAGGAGAAAAACGCCCUGGUGCGAUACGAAUCUGAGCUGAUGAUAUUUGCACGAGAACUGGAGCUGGAGGAUCGCCAGAGUCGACUGCAGCAGGACCUGAGGGAACGAAUGGCAAUUGAAGACCACAUGAAGACGGAGGUAGAGCUGGCGCAGGAGAAGCACAUCCUGAAUGAGAUGCUGGAGGUGGUGGAGCAGAGAGACUCCCUGGUAGCCCUCCUGGAGGAGCAGAGGCUCAGUGAGAAGGAGGAGGACAAGGACCUGGAGUCUGUCAUGCUCUCCAAGGGCUUCAACCUCAACUGGGCCUGAGGAGGAGAGACUAAACUCACCAUCCACCGUAACUCAGAUAAUACACUACCCCUACUCUGUGUCAGGGCUCAGUGAAGGCCCAAGCCACGGUCUCAUGCUCGGUCCCAGAUAACCCAGCAGAGAAUGUGUGCAGAAUGGAGUUGUUCCAUUACGGCUCCUCUGUUGGAGCAGUCUAUAAUGUUUACAUAUCUACCCUGCCACCAGCCAGGCAUCAUUACCUCCAGUGAUAUCUCCCCUCACUAUCAAAUCACGGUGGGAGGAGCAACUACAUCCUGGACUUUCUCAGAACUUCAGAAGUUCUUGGAGCGGUUCUCCAGAAUGGGGAACAAUGUUUUAUUAUUUAUUUUAAUCUCAAACACGCAAAGGGAAGAAACAGGUUAGGUCCUGCUGAUGUAAAGGAAUUCAAUGUAUGAUACCUGUUUCAAUGUACUACAUGUGUAGAACAUGACAUAUUAGCAAAGCGGGGGUUUUAGAUGAGGGUAGGCCCUUGACCUAUUGACUGUUACAGGGUUUCUGUGGGAAGGGGAGGAGUGGUCUCACUCUCAUUCUAUCAGUCUCAACCUAACCUCAUAACAUACUCUGCAUUGUGACUGCUGACUGGGGAGGGACAUCCUCUCCUUUAGCUGCCUUUCACUCCAAUUACACAUUGGCUUCCACAUUCUGAGGAGCCAAUAAGGAUGAGACUCUAAAAGUCCCAUAAUUUUUUUGCACAGAGAGUCAACACUAAGGAUCAAUGGAAUCUGGUCACUUGGUUGUUUUGUAUUUAUUCGCUUGGUUUUGAUAGAGAACCUGAAUGAACUGAUUUGGGUAUUUUCCGUGUUCACGGAGGAGAGUGCCUGAACUGGAGGCUCGACGGGUUGCACAUGUGCUCUCUUUAUAACAUUGACUGCAAGGAAAUCAACUCAAAACUCCAUCACCAAGAAAAAUAUCCUGCGUUGACUCUGAAAGUUGUGCUGGUGUGAAUAGUUAACCUGCCUAGAUUCAUUGACACAUGUACACUUCAGCAAGCAACCCACUUGACACAUCUCUUGGUGUCCUAGUUCUGAGCUAUCAUGUGGCUUCUCCAUACCAUGCCAUUCACCAUAAAUCACACUGAUAUUUCAUUUUAUAAUCAGUAGCCCUUAUUCAAUACUAAUUGGCAUAUACCAUGAAAUGUCCUCGGUGUAGGUAAACAGUGGAGAGAACAACGUUAGGGGCAGUGUCUUAUUGGGCUUACACAGUAUCAAUACAUUGUGUUAUCAUAAUACCAUAAGUGAACUGACAUCACUAACUGGUGUCAUGAGACACUUGCGUCAGUGGAUAUGCUUCAAUAUGGAAGUUCUAAACCACAGAACUCUGGCUUCGCUAUCCCUGGGGCUGAGGUACAUUACCUGCUUUGGAGCAAGAUGCCCUUUUCCCUUCUGUUUUAAUAUUUUAGUUUUCUUUUUAGGGUUUAAACUUUUAUGUAUCCCACCAGAGGUACAUUUCUAUAUUGUGUUUUUUGGUAAAAUCCUUUCAUACAACUACAGGUUGUCAAACAGCAGUUAUGAGUAGAAGUGGAGACAGGAAGGUUGCUCUAAACCACUUCUAUUCUGUCAGUCACAGGAGCAUGUGCUUUUGUUUGGCAUUUGACCUUAUUAGCAUUUCUGCCAAACUGUAAAUCUCUGGUUGGUCACAGUUUUAUAUAUUUUUCUGCAUUGAUAGAUACAUACACUGAGAAUUUGUGUAAGAAUUAAACGGAGCUGUGAAUACAAAAAAGUUACAUAAUUUCAAGGCUGGUUUAGAUGGUGUGUGAUAAGUUUGACAGAUUUUAUUGAUAUUUAUAAACAUGUGUGCAAAAAUGUAUCAUAUGUAAAGAAAAAUGAAUCAAUUUUUAAAACUGUAUGUUGACACACACGACAAAUAUGUAAAUGCUGCUUAAUUUAGCCAAAAUGCAUAGGGUGUUGGAUGUAUGCUGAAACGGCAAUAAAGCAAUGCAGUUGUUCAUUUAGAAACGCAUGUCUCCUUUUAUGUGUAGGCUUCUGUAUAAACUUACUACAACUAUGAUUAUGAUAGAAAUGUGAAUAUUCACCAUAUUAAUGACUGUCCUGCAUAGUAGGCUUCCCCCUGUCAAUUCCACGGUCUAUUCCAGAACUAGCACACCUGAAGAAAAGCUGAUCUUGAUUAUUUGCCCAAUUCAAACCAAGAGUGCUUCUUUUAUGGCAUAUUAAAUAAGUGCAACGUUCUCAGAAUCUUCCCAACAUGACAGUAUGUGUUACAUGAACCUGGCGACAAAUUAAUUAAAGGAUGUUUUCACUUUUACUGUACGACAAGGGCAAAACCUGGCAUUUAGUUUCUUCACACACUGACAGAUUUGAUCCACUUGCCGGUUGAAAACUCCGAUAUUUCUGUGUAUCCAGUAUUCCAACGGGGUCAUAUCUGUAACAUCCGACUGGAUGUCUGCAGACGAGACCAUUUUUU